AGCUUUAUUUAUGAAGACCAUGCUUUUCUUAAAAAUAAAAACAAUAAUUAACCUCACUUUUAAAAUAAUUAUAAUUCUUGAUUGACAGUACGUAAUAAGUUUUUUACAGUGCGAUUUUGACUUUUAAAUUGUGUCUUUGGAAUCAAGAAAAUAGAAUUUAACAUUGUUAUUGCUUAUCUUACAUUUUUUAAUAAGUAUGACUAAAACAACUAACAAUGAAAAUAAAAAGAUUAAAGUGUAUCAAAGAAAGAAAAAUGUCCCAGAAAAAAACAUCAUUAAAAAUCUGCAAUCUCAGUACGAGACAAUCGAUGAAAGACAAAUUACGAAAUUCGCAGAUUUACCACUAUCAUCACAGACUCAAAAAGGAUUAAAGGAAAGCCAAUAUAUUACUUUAAGCGACAUACAAAGACAAAGUAUUGGCCUUGCAUUAAGAGGACUUAAUAUUCUUGGUGCUGCUAAAACUGGCAGUGGAAAAACCUUAGCAUUUCUAAUACCUGUUAUUGAGACGCUGUAUUGCAAACAAUGGACGAGAUUGGAUGGCAUUGGUGCAAUUAUUAUAACACCAACUAGAGAAUUGGCAUAUCAAAUAUAUGAAACUUUAAGAAAAGUAGGACAUUAUCAUGAUCUCUCAGCAGGUUUAAUUAUUGGUGGAAAAGACUUACAUUUCGAAAAGAAAAGAAUGAAUCAAUGUAACAUAAUUAUUUGCACGCCAGGACGUUUAUUACAACAUAUGGAUGAAAAUCCACUGUUCGAUUGUACAACUAUGCAGAUACUAGUUCUUGAUGAAGCUGAUAAGUGUUUAGAUAUGGGUUUCGAAACCACAAUGAAUGCUAUAAUUCAAAAUUUACCAGAAGAUCGUCAAACACUGCUAUUCUCUGCAACCCAAACUAGAUCUACACGAGACUUAGCUAAAUUAAGUCUUAAGGAUCCAAUUUAUGUGUCUGUUCACGAAUAUUCAGUGCAUACUACUCCUGAAUUUCUUCAACAAAGUUAUGUAAUUUGUGAAUUAGAAGAUAAAAUAGCGAUGCUAUGGUCAUUUAUAAAAAAUCAUCUAAAACGAAAAGUUAUUGUAUUCUUUUCUACAUGCAAGCAGGUGAAAUUUAUGUAUGAAGCCUUUUGCCGAAUGAGACCUGGAACAAGUCUUUUAUCAUUAUUUGGAAAGAUGCAUCAACUCAAGAGAAUGAAUAUUUAUGAAACGUUUUGCAGAAAACAAAAUGCAAUAUUGUUUGCUACAGACAUUGCUUCUAGAGGAUUAGACUUUCCCGAUGUUGACUGGGUUGUACAAAUGGAUUGUCCAGAAGAUACUAAUUCCUACAUUCAUCGAGCAGGUAGAACUGCAAGAUUUCAAAAUGGUGGGGAAUCUUUAUUAGUAUUACUUCCUACAGAGACAAACAUAAUCGACAAGUUACAUUCUUCCAAGAUUCCAAUAUCAAUGAUCAAAAUCAAUCCAAAUAAAUUGCAGUUUCCACAUCGUAAAUUAGAAGCUUUACUUGCUCGUGAUUGUGCAUUAAAAGAAAGUGCGCAAAGAGCUUUUGUUGCAUAUGUUAAAUCUGUUUAUCUUAUGCAAGAUAAAAAUAUAUUUAAUGUCAAAAAUUUGAAAAUUGAUGCUUUUGCAAGAUCACUGGGUUUAAUAGUGGCUCCAAAACUUCGAUUUCUACAAAAAAUUAAGGAUUCUUUAAUCAAUGAUACUGACGUUAACAUGCAAAUAGAUAAGAAAAAAGAAUCCGAAGCUGUGCAACUUUUAAAAAAUAUCAAUUCAAGUGUAGAUAACGAUUCUUCUGAAGAUAUUUCUGACAAUUGCUUUUCUGUAAAAUCAAAUCACAACUCUGGUUCUCACUUUAAACACUCUGAAGAUCAUGAUGUUGUUGAUGAUGAAGAUGAAGAAAUUUUAACUAUCAAACGAAGAAAUAUUAAAAUUGAUCCAUUAAUUGAAGAGGAUGAAAUACAAUUUAAGAAAAAAAAAUCUGUGACUAAAGCGGCUGUAGCAAAGAAAAUUCUAAAAAAGAAUAUAGUACCAAACAAAAAAAUUAAUUUUGAUGAAAAUGGACAGGAAAUACUAGAUUCAGCAAAAUCAAAACAAUCAGAUUUAGGAAAAGAAUACGAACAAGAGGAAGACUCUGGAAUAAAUAUUGAAACAGCAAAAAAAGCAUUGCAUUAUGAAGAUAGUUUUGACAAAAAACGAUUUAAAGAAAAAAUUAAGGAAAAGCAUCGGAAGGAGAAACAAAAACUUAAAAUGCAAAACAAGGCUUCUGAGAAGAAUGAGGAAAGCAGUUCAAAUUAUUCAGAAAGUGAAGAAUAUGAAAGUGAUAGGGAAUCAAAUUUAUCUUGGUUACCUGAUCCAAAUAAAAUUUACGGACAAAAAUCAGAUGAAGAUAGUGAAGAUGAGAGUGAGGAUAAUAGUGAAGAUAGUACUGAAGUCAAUCAGGAUAGUAAGAAACACAAAAAAAUGAAAACUAAAUUUGAAAGUGCUGAAGAUGAACCUAAAAUUGAUAGAGUGCAAAAAAGGAAACUAGUGAUACGCAAAGACGAUAAAAAUAUAAAGAAAACUCGUAAAGAAUUGCCGCUGUUUGAUACAUUACACAGAGAUGAAGAAUUAGCAUUGCAACUUCUUCGAGAUUAGAGUAUAAAGUCCUGUGAAUUUAAAUUCAAAUUUUUUUAUACUAUAAGCUCCAAAAUACUAACACAGGAUAGGAAAAAAAAGUAAGUGUUUUUAAAUAUCACCAAUAACGAAAUAAUGUAUAAAAAUAAAUACACAAUAGAAAAGAUUAAA